UCUCAGGUGGAGGACAGUUAUACAUGUGGGGAAAGAUUAAGAACAAUGGUGAUGACUGGAUGUACCCCAAACCUAUGAUGGAUUUAAGUCAAGAUUUCAUUGAUUGUGAGUAUUGCUUUUAACGUUUUGUAAUUGGUCAUGCAAGUGGGUGGAACUUGCGUUGGAUGGAUUCAGGAAGCAUGCAUCAUUUUGUUGGUGCGGAUAGUUCUUGCAUAAGCUGGGGUCAUGCUCAGUAUGGAGAGCUUGGUUAUGGCCCCAACGGUCAAAAAUCCUCUGCAGCGCCUAAAAAGGUGGAUUUACUCGAGGGAAUGCAUGUAAUGGGGUGAAUUUCUCAAAGACCUUACGGCAGAGAUGAUAAAAUUGGAACUUUUUUAGCCGUUGUAUAUGUUUUUUUUUGGCAGUGUGGCAUGCGGUUUAAGCCAUUCUAUGGUCAUAGUUGACAGAACAGAUGUUGCAGAUCGUCUUGAGCAGCUAGAGAUCUACGAUGGGAAAGGAUCAUUAGAAGAGAGUGUAGAACCAAAAGAAGAAGCUGUGGCAACAACAAAGCAAAAACCUGCCAAAAGAGGAGCUUCUAAAAAGAGGAAAGCGUCAAAAGCUUCUUCUGACAGUGAUGAAGAAAACAGCGACAAGGAAAAGGAAGCUCAAGGCAGCGACAGCGACUACAGUGAUGAUGAUGGAGAAGAAGAAGCCAAUGGCAAGAAACAGAGAACUCCUCGCAGAGGACGUGGCCGUGGAGGACGAGGCCGCGGCGGCCGCACCGGUAAUGGAAAAGCUUCGCCGGUGGAAGAAGAGGUAGACCUCGCAAGUCUUAGAAACCACUCUGACUCCAAAAAAGAAUCGACGUGGUCUAUUUUUCAACAGUUUUCCUCUCUUUCUUCACACAAUGAGAUGCUACGAAAGACUUUUUUAAUUACCGUAUCAAACAUUUGUUUAAGCUUUACCGGCUUAUGUAUUCUGAUGUAAACCACAUCGAAUGAUUUAUUCACAGUCAAAAACA